AUGGCCUCUAGCGCCUGCUCAGAUCCAAGGAGCAUGAGCCAGAUACUAACUCCAUGGACCUCAAGAUACUCAUGCGCUUGGAAAGAAGCCUCCAGCAGUAGACAGAGCUCAAUCUGA